AUGCAUAACUCAGACAUGAUCUGGUUUGUUGUAGGGAGCUUCUUAUGGCUCCCCCACGUGAGAGGUGAGGAAGGCUGCCUCAACACUGAACUCUGUUCAGGUACAGAAUGGGACCGUCUGUGGUACAUCUGGCUAGUGCUGGUGCUCGGGGGGCUCCUGCUGCUGUGUGGCCUGGUCUCUGUCUGCGUCAGGUGCUGCUUCCAGUGCCAGCAGGCAGGGGAUGAGGCAGGCCCCCCGCCCUACGAGGUCACCGUCAUUGCCUUCGACCAUGACAGCACCCUCCAGAGCACCAUCACUUCUCUCCACUCGGUGUUUGGGCCUGCUGCCAGGAGGAUUUUAGCCGUGGCACACUCCCACAGCGCUGCCCAGGGCACCCCUCCCCUCUGUGCCCCUGACACCCCUCCCGUGUACGAAGAAGCUCUGCACAUGAGCAGGUUCACCGUGGCCAAGGCGGGGCAGAAGGUGCCGGACCUGGACCCGGUGCCAGAGGAAAAGCUGCAGGCGCCCACCGAGGGCAAGGACACCCAGCCAGCCCUCCCAGGACACUGA